UGACGACCAACCCUAGCUAUGCAGUAAUCAGUACGAGUAUGCUCUUCAGUCUUCACUUCACUCCGGUCCCCCUGCUUCAAACUUGAAACUUGAAAGAGUUGGAGACGUCUCCUCUCCUCUUUUCGAAUCAGCACUCAGCAGUCGCCUAUCUCCACUCGAUCGUUCAGUUAGUUUUUCUUUCUCCUCUAAAAACCAGUAGCCAGUAGCAAUGGUGUUUCCAUUCUUCUCUUUCAUUACAUUUCUGGUUUUCUUCCUCUGUUUCUCCUCUGCGACAUUUUACGGGGCUGCAACGACAAAAUCCGGUGCUAAACAAGAUCUCGUCCGUUCAUCAUGCAUCCAUGCCAGUUACCCAAACCUCUGCCUUCGAACUCUCUCCUCCUACGCUGGCUCCGCUAACACCCCCAAUGAUCUCGCCCAAGCCGCCGUAACCAUCAGCCUCGGUCGUGCUCGAAGCGUUUCCUUGUAUCUCGCCCGACUCCAAAAGCUUCACAAUGGGAGCAAAAGGCAGCAAGGUGCAGUGAGUGACUGCGUCGAGCAGUUAUCCGACUCGGUUGACGAGUUGCAGCAAACGCUUUCAGAGCUUCGGCACCUUCGCCGCGGAACAUUCCGGGAGCAGAUGAGUAACGCCCAGACGUGGGUCAGCGCUGCUUUGACAAAUGAAGACACGUGUCUUGAUGGAUUUCAGAACGUUGAUGGGAAGGUGAAAUCCGAUGUGAAGCAGAAGAUCAACAAUGUAGCCAGGAUUACGAGUAAUGCACUCUAUUUUAUUAAUCUUCUCGACGAGACCCCUGCAAGGGCUGUCGUUGAUCCUUGAAAAUGGACGGGUUUGAUUUCAAUUCUAUGUGUGAUAUAUAGGCAGAUAUAUAUAUAUAUAUAUACAAUUGUACGUGUACGGAGACGGAGUUGUUAUAAGUUUUUCCGGUAUCGUAGUCGGCGUACCCCCCUGGAGGCCUGAACUAAUAAAAAAAGGGAUGUAUGGAAUCAUGAAUGUUUGGUUUUGA